UUUGCUUAAUUCUGAUUCAUUUAUCUUCCACGGCUUCCAUUUUUUCCCACGAAACCCUCGACGCUUCUGUGCGUCAAUCUUCAAUGUCUUCGUUUUAACCUAAUUAUAUUCUACGAGGUCGCUGGGUCCAGUUUCGAAGCACCUCAUCUGAUCUCAAAAUAUCGUUUUUGCUCCCCGAUUUCGCAGUUUUGAGUCCCGAAACCAUGUGGCAUGAAGCCAGGAGAUCAGAAAGAAAAGUCCAUGACAUGAUGGACGCUGCCCGCAGGCGCGCGCAGCGCCGCGCGGUUUUUCUGGCGAAACGGCGAGGAGACCCCCAGCAAAGCCUCCAAAUCACAGGCAGCCGCUGCCGUCUGCAUCACGACGCGGCUCUCUACCAGGCCGCUCAAGAUCAGCAGGGCCUGAUUCCAUGGAAUGGAAAACAGAAUAUUCUAAUUGACAGAUUUGAUGGUCGAGCACUCCUAGAUUUUAUCCGUGAGCAUGACCCCAAACUGUAUCGGUCUCGAGAGAAAACCGAGGAUGAAGAAGAACUUGAGGAGUUUGUGAAUUUUGAGCGUUAUCGGGAUUUAAUUAAGCAUCGACAUAGAGGAUUCAAUGAUGAAGAGGGAUUGGAGAGUGUUGAUCAGGAGCUAGAGGCAAAAGCUGUUGCACCUCUUGCAUUAGAUAGGUCAAAUUCCUCACAACAAAUGUCAUUAAACAAAGGCACCUACUCUCAAGUUGGAUUUGCUUAUGAAGGAGAUGGAAAAGAAGACUCCCAGUUUAUAGAGAGUGACGAAGAAGAGGAUGAUGAAGAUGAGAAGGACAGCAGCACUGAUGACAGUGAAGAUGAUGAAAUUGAAGCAAUUGCAAAGGAAUAUGGAGUGAAAAGAUUCAAUUGGCUUGUUUAUAUGGACCGGAAAGCAAAGGAAGAAGAGAAACGGCAGAAGGAGGUGGCCAAAGGUGAUCCUGCCAUGCGGAAACUCAGUCGUAAGGAGAGAAGAAAAGCUUCUCAACAGGAAAGAGAGAGAGAGAAAGAGGCUGCUCGCAUGGCGGGGAGUCGUCUCUCUUAUCAUGAUCCUUAUAGGGAGCCUCGGCGAAGUCCAACCUAUGAAGCCUAUUCUCGGUCAAGGAUAUCAAGAUCCAGGUCACGGUCUAUUUCACCAUACUCUAGGCGUCAUGAUCGAGGACGAGAUGACCACUCGCGAGAGUCGAGACGGCGGAGCAAGGGACGUGAUUCAACUUCAAAGAUUGAGUAUAUUACAGAGUUUGGGGGCACGACAGACACACACGAUUUCAAGUUGGAAGGCGUCGCUCCACCACCAUCACCUCCAUCUCAAGCUGAUUUACUGAACCGGCCUUCGUCAGGUCGUAUUCUUGAGGCUCUUCAUAUGGAUCCAGCCGUGUCUGUUGCUCCUGACUGGGAAAGAAAUCAGAAAGAUUCUAAACCAUCAGUCAGUGCUUCAUCAGCACUUACAAAGUUGAAUAAGGCUUCAAGCACUACUGGGGCACCAUCAAAGCAACAACAGAGUGAGAAAAAAGAAACCCCACAAGAACGUCUCAAGAGGAUAAUGAGCAAGCAGCUGAACAAACAAAUUAAGAAGGAUACCGUUGUUGAAAUGACAAAAAAGCGUGAGCAAGAGAGACAGAGGCAGGAGAAACUGGCUGAGACAAAUAGAAUUGCCAGGUAUAAACGCCGCAGCCGUAGUCACAGCCGCAGCCGCAGUUACAGCCGAAGUUGCAGUCGCUCACCUGUAAGGCAUCCCCGAAGCAGAAGCAGGAGCCCAAGAAGACGUUAUGGUCGCUCUCGGUCACCAAGGGUUUGGAGUCGAUCCAGGCACUAAUUUUAUAUUAUUAAAUCCUUGUCAUUACAAGUUGCUAUCAUUUUCGCAAAAGGGAUGUUGUGUUUAUAUAUUUGUAAUAUUUGACUCCUCUUUUUGUAGUAGUUCGUCGAUUUUGUAUUCUUCCUAUCUGGGAAGAUUAUUGUAUUCUUUGUUAUGUUCCAACUUUCGUGAAGUAAAUGGAGAAUUUGUCUUUACUGUGAGCUUUUCUUGUAAGUAAUAUAUUUGGAUUUUGCUUCGUGGAAUUUUUGUAUUCAAACAUCUACUAGCUCCUCAAGUGUAUUUAAACACCUACUUUGUUGUAUACUUUA